CUUACAGGCCUCACCAUGUGGAUGAUUUCAGGGCAGAACCAAAGCUGGGUUUCUGAGUUUAUCCUACUUGGCUUCUCCAGUGACCCCACGACCAACAGCAUCCUCUUCACUGUGUUCCUUCUCAUCUACCUGAGCUCAGUCCUGGGCAAUGGGCUCAUCGUCCUGCUGAUCUGCCUGGACUCACAUCUGCACACUCCCAUGUACUUCUUCCUCUGUAUACUCGCCAUGUUGGAUAUGGGUUAUGUCACCACCACUAUGCCCCAGAUGUUGGUGCAUCUUCUAGCUAAAUCUCACACUAUCUCCUUUGCUGGCUGCUGGAUACAGAUGUAUGUGUUUGGUGCCCUGGCUACUACUGAGAGCACCUUCUUUGUUGUCAUGGCUUAUGACAGGUAUGUGGCCAUUUGCCACCCACUUCACUAUACUGUCAUCCUCAACUGGGGACUGUGCAUAUGGUUGGCAGCAGGGACUUGGAUCUGUGGUUUCUUCUUCUCUCUGUUACAUACAUUCUUUAUCAUGAGUCUGCCAUAUUGUGGACCUAACAAGGUUAGUCACUAUUUCUGCGACAGCCCUUCAGUGCGUAGCCUGGCUUGCAUGGAUACCCACCUCAUUGGGAUGGUAGACCUGGUCUUGAGUGUUUUUGUGAUUGUUACUCCCUUUUCCCUCAUUGUAACCUCCUAUAUUCGUAUCGCCAUGGCAGUUCUCAAGAUCAAGUCCACCCAAGCCCACAACAAGGCUUUCUCUACCUGUGCCUCCCACCUGACUGUGGUCACUUUCUUCUAUGGUCCAUCCACUUACAUCUACAUGAAGUCCAAUUCCAGCUACUUCCCUGAACGAGACAAGCAGAUCUCACUGUUUUACAAUGCCUUCACUGCCUUGCUCAACCCUCUAGUCUACAGUCUGAGAAACAAAGACAUCAAGAGGGCAUUUCUCAAGGCAAUAGGAAAUAUUAAAGUGUACUGUUGA